UGAAUUUAACUGUGUGGACAUAUGAAUUAUAUAAAGUGUGUUAAAUUUAAAGCUGAAUAAUGGAGAUAAAGGCUCAAACAGUUUUUUUGAAAAUAGUAUUAUUCGUUUCCUUCGGAUUUUAUCUGUGCGGUGUGGUUUUUGUGUGUGUAAACAAGGAUAUUUUGGGGCAGCGUGUCGCUCAUAAUGUGGCAAUUAUUGCGCCGAUUGUAUGAAUAUCACGUCAUGCUCAUUGUGUGAAACAGGAAAGUUCGGUAGCUCGUGUAAAUUCUAUUGUCAAUGUGAUGCAGGCUGUGAUAUUGUGAACGGAAUGUGUCUCCCUUGUGGAACAGACUGUUUGUCUUGCAAUAAUAACGUGUGCACUUCAUGUGUUACGGGAAAAUAUGGAAGUCGAUGUGAGCAUACGUGCUCGUCUACCUGCUAUGAUGUGUGUGACAAUCAAGGGAAUUGUCAGUCGUGUGUGUCAGGGUAUUAUGGGCAUCAAUGUGAAUUAAAAUGCAAUUGUGAGUUCGGGUGAGAUCAACUUCAAGGCAACUGUUUGAAUGAAGCUUGCCCAAUAAAUUGUAAUGGUACCUGUGAUGAUUCUUCACAGACAUGCUAUUCAUGUAAUCGUGGUUAUCACGGACCAUAUUGCAACUUUACUUGCCCUGGUAAAUGUGCUGAUUCACGUUGUUAUACCAAUGGUAGAUGUUUGUCCUGUGAAUCGGGAUAUUACGGAAACAGUUGCAACAUGGAAUGCAAACAGAGCUGUGAGAGUAAUAUAUGUCGUCAGAAAGAUGGAUUAUGUCAGGUCUGCCCAGCAAACUGUGUAUCAUGUGAGUCCAAAUCCACUUGCACCGUUUGCCUAGAAUCGAACUAUGGACAAAUCUGUCAUUUACCUCGCAACGACGAGUGUACUGAUAAGAUAUGCAAUAUCAAAGGAGUAUGUAACGAUUGUUCUUCGUUAUCUGCUUUUGGUAGUUACUGCAAUUUAACUUGCAAUCAUAAUUGUCAUUUGUCUACAUGUGAUAGAUACACAGGUGCCUGUAAUAGCUGUAAAAAUAAUUCAGUGUUUGGAAUGUUUUGUAAUGAAACAUGUAGUCCGUUUUGUCUUGGUAACGAAUGUAAACGAGAGGAUGGGGUUUGUUUAAACGGAUGCAGAGAUGGAUACUUUGGAACUAAAUGUGAUCAGGAAUGUUCUAAAGGAUGCCGAAAUAGUUCAAGAACAAUAUGUGAUCAGGAAUGCCGAAAUAGUUCAGGAUUGAUAUGUGAUCUAAAAGGAUCAUGUCUUGAGGGCUGUGCUGAUGGAUACUUCGGCGAACGAUGCAAAUCAGAUGGCCGUAACCAACAAACUGAAGAAACUAACUCUGGUUCUGUGAUCGGUGGAGCGGUUGGUGGUGUGCUUGGUGUGUGUGCUGUCGUAGCGCUAGUGGUGGUCGUCCUGGUAUUGAAGAAAAAAGGGAUUAUUUGGAAGGAGAUCAAGAAGACCUAUGAGGAUAUAUCACCAAGAAGAAGCCAAGAUGAACCGUACACAACAUUGGCUGUUGCGAGCACGACCGAGUACGAAAUACCCGACUCGGAGCCAAGGUCCGAGCUGACCAUCGAAGGUGAAGACAACCGGGUGUAUUACAAUGAUGAAAGGACCUACUACAAGAAUGUCGGGGGAAAUGUUCAUAAGACAUGAAAAUGUACACAAACAAGUUGUUUGUAGUAUGUUUUCAGCGAUGUACAUUUAUACAAACGCUUGCUUUUUAUAUCAACACUAUGUUUGGUUAAUUUUUAAAUGCAUUUUGAGGUUAUCCAUGUAAGCUGCACAGUAUAAUUAUAAAUUGUAUCGUGUCAUCAAAAUAAUUGUAUAAAUCUACAAGAACGUACGUAGAACAAAAAUGGGAACGGUGUUAAAUUCAGUCUUUUUAAUGCAAAAUACUACUCUGAUUUUCUAAAAAUGAAACAAAUUAUCAAACGUCGAAGCCGCAAACUCACUGUUCAGACAAAGGCAAAUUAAGUUACUCUUAGAACUUAUUCCGAUAUGAAUCUCACCGUAAAUAUAGACUGAAUAUCGUCUUUAAGAAUGGCGGUAUGAUUGCAAAUAGGUGAAUAUGGUGCUUUGAUAAUUAUCUCUUAUAAGUUUUAAAUGGCUUCUCUUAUGUUUUUCAAAUAGAUAAUCAAUGUAUAAUAUGGCAGAGUAAGUGCGUAUCAAUGCAAAAUGUGUACUAAUUUAAGUACUAGUCUUGUUACAGCAUUUGUGUUAUAUACCUCAUGCUUUGUUUUAUUCUAAACAUAGUCUCAUUCUUCUGUAUGGAGCCGAGAUAUGGGGACUGAAAUGUAUGCAAUGUAUUGAAGCUGUACAUGUUGAUACUUGUAAGAUAAUAUAUAGUAUUUAUCAUCCCAGUGUUUCUUAUGGUGCAGUGUUAUCUGACUUCAGAGAUAUACCCUAUGAAUAUUAUGUAUUCUAUGCGUUGUAUGAAAUAUUAGAUAAAACUUAUAAGUAUAAAGAAUACUAGAUAUGUUUAAAGACCUAAAAGUAUGAGUUUGUACUAUUAUGACAUUCGUUUUUGAUCGUGAGUGUCAAGCAUAAAAAUAAUUUGUAUACCAAUGGGAUUAGAUAUAUAUGGGACCAAUACAAUUGAUGUUCAUAAAAAAUUGUUUUCAUAUCAGUAUGUUCAACGGUUUAAAGACCAGAUUAUCAAAACCUUGUUUGAAAAUGUGUCAUAAAUAGCAAAUUGUUUCAUUAUGAAAAAGGAAUCACUAUGAAGUCAAAAAUUGUAUAUGUAUCAAAGAUAUUACAAAAAUAGGAAAUUGUUUUGCUAAAUUUAGAAGUUCGUGUCAUAACCUAAUUAUUUAAAAGGGAAUGCAUUAUAAAGCCGAGCAAGUAUAUAGUUAUUGUCAAAAAUGUGAAUUUAUUGUGGAAGACGAAUUCUAUUUUUUACUUGUGUCUCUAUUGUA